UGUUGUAAACAGACACAAACACAUCGCGAUGUGAAAUGAAAUGGGGAUUAAUUGUAUUAUUAUUUUACUGUUGUGUUUCAAAGCAGUUUGUCUAUCAAACAUUCACUUCGCCUAAUUAUUUUUGACGCAUUCUGAAUGGAACUGAAUGGUCAUCAAACUGACGAUGGAACGUCGGAGGAGACCGAAAAUGAUGAAGUCGUUAAACCGAAGAAGCCGCACCACCAACUGCAGCAGCCUCCAUGGAAGGAAACGCAAAGUAGUGUUAGCUUCUCCGCUUCAGCCGCCAACAUGGAGGGUACAUCGGCCGGGGGAAGUGCCUCAAUCGCUCGGCGGACAUCCAGCUCCAGCAUCGCUAGACAAAGGAUCGACUCUCUCAAAAAGAACAGGCCCCCAUUCCCCUGGUUUGGCAUGGACAUUGGCGGGACGCUGGUGAAGCUGGUGUACUUUGAGCCGACAGACGUGACAGCGGAGGAGGAGCAAGAGGAGGUUGAGAGCCUGCGCAGCAUCCGACGGUAUUUGACAUCUCACACGGCUUAUGGAACCACCGGAAUCCGAGACGUGCACCUGGAGCUGCCGGGGCUGUCACUGUGCGGCCGCACGGGCAGUCUGCAUUUCAUUCGUUUCCCCACGCACGACAUGGCCGCCUUCCUUCAAAUGGUUCGGGAUAAGCACUUUUCCAGCCUACACACCACGCUCUGCGCCACUGGAGGAGGAGCUUUCAAGUUUGAGCAGGACUUUCUCAAGAUGGCAGAUCUGGAGUUGUACAAGCUGGACGAGCUGGAGUGCCUGAUUCGCGGCGUCCUCUACAUCGACUCGGUGGUGCCUUCCGAGUGCUACUACUUCGAGACUCCCACAGACCUGGAGCACUGUGAGGAGAAGGCCUUCCCCCUGGAGAACCCCUACCCUCUCCUGCUGGUCAACAUCGGCUCAGGGGUCAGCAUCCUGGCCGUCUACUCCAAAGACAAUUACAGGCGUGUCACCGGAACCAGCCUCGGUGGUGGUUCGUUCCUGGGCCUGUGCUGCUUGCUGACUGGCUGCAGCACCUUUGAGGAGGCUUUGGAGAUGGCCUCGCUGGGGGAGAGCACACACGUGGAUAAGCUGGUGAAAGACAUCUACGGGGGAGAUUACGAGAGGUUUGGCCUGCCAGGGUGGGCCGUGGCUUCCAGUUUUGGGAAUAUGAUGAGCAAAGAGAAGAGGGAGUCUGUGUCUAAGGAGGAUCUGGCUCGAGCGACACUGGUCACCAUCACUAACAACAUCGGCUCCAUCACACGCAUGUGUGCUCUCAACGAGAACAUUGAGAGAGUUGUGUUUGUGGGGAACUUCCUGAGAGUGAACACGCUGUCCAUGAAACUGCUGGCUUAUGCCAUGGACUACUGGAGCAAAGGACAGCUGAAGGCCCUUUUCCUGAAACAUGAGGGUUAUUUUGGUGCCGUGGGAGCAUUAUUGGAACUGCUAAACCCGUCCUGAACUUCCCAUCUCUCUUCACUGCUGAGCACCAAACAUACAAUGUUCUCUCUCUCUCUCUCACAUACACAUACACAUACACAUACACACAACACACACAUACACACACACAUACAGACUCACAGACACUAACACUUCUCUCUCUUAUAUGUGUGGUUCUUCGUGCUCGGUCGGAGAUUUAAACACAUCUGUUAGUCCCACCGUGUCUGACCAAGCUUGUGUGUAAUGUCCCUUCACACUUACCGUAGGCCAGUCCCCAGAGGUGGGGUUUUCCUCUCCGUCUGGGCCCUUCCCUUCUUCGUCUCCUCUCUGGAACUCUUGUCACCACAAUGCCUUAAUGACUCGCAGACCACUCGCUCUGUAGACAGAUGCUGCGCUCACUGGGGAUCAUUGGUGCCUUUGAGCCCUCAGCUGGAUUUCUUAGCCCUGUUAGAGGGGUUUGCUGUAUCAUAGUAGCACAUGGUUAAGCCUUAACAAGCUUAAAUGAAAGGGAGAUUAGCAGAGAUGCUUAUGCAUCUCGGCAAAUCUGAAAUCUUGGGACGGUGGUUAUUGAGAUCAGGGGGAGCGUUUAGGUGAAAAAUGUCUGUGUGUUGCUAGCUUCCUUAGUUAGAAGCACCGGUUUGUUUACUGUACACCUGCACCGACAAUCAGACAGAAGACCUUUUCAGGUCUGCUUCAGCUGGAUAGGAGAGCCAAAGAUCUUUGCUUGAAUGUCAAAGAUAUCCUGCUGUGUGUGUGUGUGUUUCAUGUCCACAGUGUCAUCUGGUUGUAUUACAGUGGCAUGUGGAUCAUCCUUGAAACAGAUGUGUUCUGUUUUAAGUGUUACACAGCAGUGAAACACAGAGCAGCUGCUUUUCCAUUAAACUCAUUUUAGUCGAUGUGGGACCAUACACCUAAACCACACAAGAAAAUUGGGACCUCCCAUACUUGGUGCGUAUGCCGGUUCCUCACAGGCUGACUCAAACGGAAGGGGAAAGGUUUGUUAAACCUUUUGUUGUGUAUAUAAUAUUAAACAUAUUUUGAUAUUGAACUGUGAGGGGAGGGGGGGUCUUUUUUUUUUUACUCUGAAGUGCCUGUAAGACAGAAAGUCUACGUGCUUUGAAAAUAGCUGCUUUCUAUGCUGUUACACAAAGAUCAACAGCCAGUAUAUUGCUAUGAAGCUUACUCUUCUGAAAAAAAAAAACAUUUCUACUUUUUUUUUUACUGUAAAGACUGUAUGUUUGGUACUUUAGUUUAUUUUUUUGGUUGCAAUAAAAAUAUGUUUAAAAUGA